GCAGGUGGCGACGCUGCGCGGUCGGUCGAAGCGCUAAUUAUGCGCGUCUGCAAAUUAAUUUCGCUCUUCAGUGCUAAAUUUCGCAAAUAACUUCCUGAAAUACUCCGUUUGUCUCGACGUUUACCAUUCAGGCAAAGCGCAUGUUGCAAUGACACUGUUUACGUUUUUGCAGACCUGAGUAGUAAUGGUAUGGUGAUGGUGUUGUUCACCGUGUUCUUUACCCGUGUUCGCUGCGAACUACGAAAGCCUUUAUAGUGUGAUCAUGUUUGCGAUGAUAUUGUAAAUGAUGGGAUGCGUGAUUUCUAAAGAGGAGAUUCAACGGCAGGAAAAUUGCCGGUCAUUGAGAUAAAAUCAGGAGCAACAUCAAACCCAUGGAGCUCUACACAACAAAUAGAAGGGUGGUGUUCAUCUUCGGCGGCCCUGGCUCCCGAAAAGGGCGUAUUGUGAACGACUUGGCUCAAGGCUACGGUUUCCAAGUGGUCAGCACCGAAAAGCUGAUUUUAGCCCACUUUGCUCGAAGGAUCAGCACAACUUCAGCCAAGAGGGGACUCAUAGGGAACAUGGAAACAGCCAACCAAGUAGAACAACUUCUUCGAAGGCAACCUCAGAUAUUAACUCUGCAGUUGGUGCUAGAGAUUGUGAUGACAGAUCUGGAGAUGAAGGAACAGACGGGGUCGACUUUGUUUCUACUCGACCUGGUACCCAACCUGAGAUCCAUGUUGCAAGUGCAAACUUUCAUAAAGACCUGUGAUACAGAAAUGGAACAGUUUGAGCGGGAGUGGCCAUGCUUGCUGGCUCUGAAUUUAGCGAUUCCAGAGAACAAAGUAGCUGAGAACCUUCGCUCACUCGUUGCCAAGAGUCCGACUCACCUGCUAAGAGACGGAAUAAGUGACGAGAAGGAUAUAAUGAAAACAAAAAGACGCUAUGAAGAGUAUGCAGCAAGUGUACGAGAGUUCCUGCGGUACUUUGACCGGAACCAUCGUCUGGCAACAGUGGACGUCUCAUGUGGCGUGGCUGACCUCAUUUGGGCUCGAGUCUCAGAGUUCUUCUUCAACCUCGGCUUCAAACCUCGCGAUGCUCUCAACACCGUGAUCUUUUUUGUACUGCGUGACCAAGAUGCAACGAUGUACGACUUCAAGAACUACCGGAUGGAAUGCGUCGACAUUGCCGACUUAGUGACGCAGACGCCUGUCGACCUGGAGCACCUUUUCGAUGCAUUGAGCAAGUACGUGGAGAAGUACAGGGCAGCAUGCGAGUGCUUCGCAGUUCGUUUUGGAGACUUGAAUAUGUUGGAAAUGCUCCAGUAUGAGGACGACCGUCAGAUAUUCUUUCUCGAUGAGAAGGACCUCGACCACUACAUCUACACUGGACACCGGGGAGACAAGUCGAACUGUGCCAAACUGAGAGCUGUCUGCACCACAGAAAACCAUGUCUGUCUCUUCCCCGCUGACAUCGAUGUCAAGGCAUGCAAACAGAUGGCGUCGCUGUACUCCUACGCACGGCGCCGUACACGGGACGGGGUGUCGGGUCCCAGGCCUAGUCUUGUCCCCCCCUCCUGACCCAGGCGUUCCGUCACCUGGGGUCCCGACACCAGAGACUAGAGAAGUCGUACCCGGGUUUGGAAAGAAAAAAUUUAUCUCUCUGAGCAAAGGCUCAGAAGCAGUCAGUUGUGGCUGCUCCCUCUGUGACUGACUUUAAAGGGUCAGCACAGAGGCACAAGUGAGUAGCGAGCAGGUGCGGGGUAUGCGGUCCCCUGAUGCGAACCUUUGCGGAUCCCUCUGUAGUGCCUUGCAGGCACUGGAUAGUUUACCGUCACUAUUUAUGUAUUUAUUACUUAGGUUCACAUCCACAUUGCCAGUCUCAUAGAGUGAGAGAUUCUCUUAAAAACUGACCAUAUUCUUUGGUUACUGCAUUUUUAGAUAAAGCCGAGUUUUUUUUUUUUUUUUUUAUUCCCUCGUUUGUGUUGAGGGGAUGAAUGAUGGGUAAGAUCAAAUAGUGAUAUUGCCACAGUUAUGGUUGCACUGUAAUGGCCCAAGUGUGGAAACACAAUGGUAACGGAACAGUACAGCAUUUUGUCCACGGUAUGCAGCCAAGUGAACAAAAAAUUAUGUUUAUAACUGCCAGCAUGAUUCACCCGGGGCCCAAUCUUCAGCCAGUACAUAACAACCCAUUACUGUUAUUUUUUAAAGGGACUUUCGAUUUUCUCAAACACCCCGUAGAAUUUUUACUGAAAGCAGCUCCUCCUGUCGUGAGAAAUUUUUCUCGAUCAAAGUGCGCCAGUUUUUAACCAUGCGCUGUUUACCCUGCCUCCAGACCUUCCCUCGAUGUUCCUACUUGCUCUCACGUUCCUCCUCGCUCAUUCCUAUUCGUUGUCGUAAGCACGUGACAUCCACUGCCUCACCGGCAGCGCCGCCUCCUGCAGUGAUGUCGGAGCCGGAUAAGUUUCGUCAUUCACGGUGCAGAUUUUCUAUGCACCUGUUACACCCUUCGGUGUGAAACCUUGAAUGCAGGUGCAAAUAUAACCACCUUUUAUAUCUGUUUAGCAUAACUCGGGACAAAGUGUUGCGACACCUCUUGAGUGCCAACGUCAAAAGUGAUCCAAUAUAAACACAAUUGAAUACAAAGUGCUUCAUCUGGGGCAGCACAGUAUUGUGUUACCUGCAGGUUCCGUGCUGGCGUUUCAUAUUGAAUUUUUCAUAUUAUUAUCGAAUUUUAUUUUUGUUUUAUAUUUAUAAUAUAUUUAUGUAUAUAUAUUUAUAUUAUUUAUUUUAUAUUGAAUUCAUAUUGAAUUUCAUAUCAGAAUACGCAGGUUGAGAUACUGUCGUUGUCUUGUCUUGUUGUGUCCACAACACUUUUAAAGCCAUGCUUUGUAUUCAAUAUUACGACGUCACAUUUCUCAUUCUUCACAUUUGCUUACUGCCAAGUCCUAUGGUCUUAGAUAUAGGUUCUCAAACUUUUUCACCCCGGGGGAACCUUUCGAGAACCAACUUCCGAAAAGUCCCGAGGAACCUACUUAUUCACACUUAUUGCGAGAGGAAUAAAGCUGCCGUAAGCAAUUCAAAAACACACCGCGCUGGAGGCACGCGCGCAGCUACCGACGAGGAAGAGAGGAGGGGAAACUGCACGUCUUCACCCUCUCCAACGACCAGAUAAAGUUCCCGAAACUGCGCAGAGAAGAGCGUGUAUCGAACAAGACGUUAUACCACCGUCUGUCAUAUCAAGAUGGGUCAACAUUGGCCCGGCUUACGUAUUUGCAGCAAGCUAAGCCACGCUUGUGUUCCCCGAAACACAGUUUGGGAACAUAUAGUCUAAGAAGAACACAAAAAAGAUAGAAGUUACCGCCAAUGAAUGUCCCCGCUGUUUGUAGUUUUGCCAUCGAGCUGUCUUACCAGGCGGGUAAAAAAAAAGCUGUACCAUACAGUGGCAGUUUAUGUGUUUACCUUGUGUUUACUUUGUGUUUACCUUGUGUUUACCUCGACUUUACCUGCAUGUUCCUUUUCGAGAAGCACUUGCAUUCAUUUUGGGUUGCCUCCUCUUCUGUUGGUCAGAGCAGAGACGUUCCAUGGAAGGCUAUACCCACUGUUGCCACGCACGAACAAAGGGAAUUUACGGGUCUCGAAGCGAGCUUGGAGCGAUGCUAGUCCCGUCAUUGCAGCACAGUAUUUUUUCGGCACCUUUAUACACACACACAAAGCAUGUACGGCACAAUCAGCUUCGAGGAUCCAU